UACUUUUUAAUACCUUUCUUUUUCUGGAAUGCAGAUACUGAUGCUGUGCGACGCUCUUCUGCUUCACAGGAACCUGACACCGAGACAAACAGGUUGACAGACACGUAAACAAACAGGGGUCGAGUUUCAACCGGUGGCAACGUUAAGAUGCUCAAACACUCGCAUCACAAUUGUACUGUAACAUUAAUCCUGAUCUGUUCGUUGCUGCUACUGAUGCUUAAAAGUUCAUAAAUCACAGGUGACACAGAGACGAGUAACAGGUUGAUGUUGAAGUGUAAUGCAGUCAAAUUCAAACCCGCUGACAAACAUCACACCGUGAUACUUGUCGACCUUGUGUAACAUGUUACUCAUCAUUACACAGAAUUGAAUCAGAAGCGAUUUUCUGGACUGUUGCAUCAGUUGUUUACUGACGAUUUUCCGUCAGCCACCAAUGGUUUGUUGCAUCAUUGCCAAUCGGUGUGAAUGGAUGAUGGCUUGCCGUGACACGCACUCAACACAAACCUUAAUAUUUUUUUUUACUCCCCCCUUGAAUCGCUUUUCCACUUUGACGCCAUUUACGUCAUUGUUUUCCUUAUUGUUUCAUGAUUAUUGAAUUUGCUAAAUUUCAGGAAGGAAUGAUGACUGUGCAAGGGUCCUAACAAAACACUUCUCGUCAUCCACGGGGGAGAUCUUCAGCUUCAACACCCUUACCUGUGAUUGGAUGAUCAGAUAGAGCAGGAUCCCUGAAGAGUUGGGUCAUUUUUUCAAAAUGUGUUUUUUUUUAUUAUUCUUUUUGAGGUGAAGACUCAGUGAUGCUUCACAGUGGGACAGACGUACGCAAGGAUCCGGUGGAGAGCGGGGACAACGGGUAUAUUAGGAAGUGUUGUGUUCAACAGAUCUCUACUUUGGCUGGUGGUCUUGAGAACCUUCAUGGAGGUCAUUCACAUCAACUCCUCUGUGAUCUACAUCUCUCACAGACCCGACAACUCCACUGUGGGACAGAUGACGGAGUAUGAGCAAUGCAAAGACAUGCCUGCUCUCCUCAUUUGGUACCUGUGCCUUCAGGUUAUCAACAUGUUCCUGGGCAUACCGGCCAACCUCAUCGUGCUGUGGCUCAUCCACAAGAACAAAGGCGAGUCCUCCAGCUCAGAUAUCUUCAUCUUUCAACUGGCGAUAUUAGAUGUGCUCUUCUGCCUCAUCCUUCCUCUUGAACUGGCCAACAAAGCCUUCCACACCACGAGCAACACCUGGUACAUCCUGCGCUUCUUCUAUGGCCUGAAAGACUCCUCACCGCUGUUUCUUUCCUGCAUCUGCUUGGACCGGUACCUAGCUGUGGUCCACCCCAUCUUCUUCACUAAGCUCAAUGGCCGGCAUCACAGAGCAGUCCUGACCAUAGUGGUCUGGAUUAUCAUUUUGGCCUAUGCUGCUGCUAAAUGUGUAGGCAACAUUCCCAACUUUGACAAGGUCUUCACAGCGAUGAUACUUGGAGCAUUUGCUUUCAUGGUCUUCUGCAACAUUGCCAUUCUGUGGGCGCUGUGGCAGUCAGGGCCCGGCAGAGAUGAGAUGCACCCUGUGAAGAAGAGAGCCUGCAAAAUGGUCCUCAUCAUCCUGGCCAUCAUCGUGUUCAACUACUUUCCACCUGUGGCGCUGUUCCCCUUUCAGGAAUAUUUCUCUCCUGACGUGUUUCGAUGCUAUAUUCACUACGUGGCCUUCGGCUUGAUGGAUUUCAGCAGCACCGUUCAACCGAUGCUCUACCUCUCCAAGGAAAAGAUGCCACAGAGCCUCAACUGUUGUCACAGCUGCACCACUCAUGCACAAUAGGCCCAAUAGGCCAGUAUGUACUAACAUACUGCAUGUAAUCAUGAGGUUAAAUACAAGAAUCACUGAUUUAAAUUGCCUGAAUUGUCAUAUUUCCAAAUUAAGUAUCACCACUUUGAAAAUGAAGUGAUUAAGCACAAUUUUAGCUCAACACCCUAUUUUAAUUUAGCAUUACCACAGUUCACUUAAAGGUCCAAUGUGUGAGAAUUAGUGACAUCUAAUGGUGAGAUGCCUCCACACAGCCCUCCCUAACCCAGAGAACAAUAGUGCACUAAACAUACUGGAAAACAUGUCAUUCUUCAUUAUUUGCUUCAAAAUACAGAAUGCACACUCUGUGUGGUUUGCCCACAAGACAGCAGCCUCUGUGAUGCAAGGCCAUUGCCUACAAUACACAUUAUAGACUUCUUCUAAUGCUAUGUUUACACCAAAUGUGAAUUUUUGCACCAUUAGUAUCUAUCGCACCUUGGGAUCAAUUUAGUGCAUUUGUGUCACCAGUUCUGCCACAAUCGACCAUGACGCAUUGUUGUACUCUAUCUCUGAACCACCAUCGUGUGCGGUUUCACAACACCAUCCAGAGUUGGACACAACUCAGCCGUUUUCUUUGGGGCGAGCAGGCGCUUGACAGCUGGGACUGAAGUCGUCAAAUUAUCUGCUCGUCUUGCGAAAGCAUCACUGGAAGCAGUUCUCAUCCAUGCAGAGCUCCUGAAGUCAGCGGUGAAACUCGCCGAGUCGUGUCCGUCUCUGGAUGGUGUUGUGAAACCGCACACAAUGGCGGUUUCUUCUCUGCAGAUGUUUCCACAAGAGAUAGAGUACAUAUAACAACUUGUGUCCUAGAGCUCCGAGUGCAGUUACACACUUGUGCAACUAUAUUUAUGCAUAGCAUAUUUGUUUUUGCCAAUAAAUCUUCCUAACGUCGAAACUGAAACUAGAGGAAGUUAGGUUCUAACUUAGGAAGAGACAACCCCUUCAUCUAAAACUUUGAAUUUUAACUCAUGUGGCGUGUUUCACUCUUUACACUCUUUACACAAUUUAUGCAUAAUUAUACAUAUGAUGGUGGUUAACUCGGUUACUUCUCCACCACUCAUGAACAAAAACAUGGACACUUUUUAACUUUUUCACACAGAUGACACAUGUACUGUACAUCAUGUUAUUUCUGCGUCCAGGUUUGGCUGUAUGCUGUUUGUUUUUUCAGCUUCUACGUGUAGUGAGACACUUCAUCUCCAAUGUAGUACAUAUGAGUCCCCCAUUAUGUUUUACUGUAUGUAGCCUUCAACUGCUGUCAACCUGAAUAAUUAUCAAUAAAGAUUCAACUUUGA